UAAAGGAGGCAAGUCAUUGGGGGACUGGUCAUUUUCUUCGAAAACUGUUUGUUAUCAUGCUUUUGUCUGGUGCUGUUAAUUGCCCUGCACAUGUUUGGGAACAAACUUGGCUCCUAUUAUCUGAUGGUGUCUUACAUACACAAAGAGCAUUGGCUGCUAAUCCAGAAUUGGACCUCACACAAGAAGAGUUACAAAAUUUGACUUUAAUAGAAAUUGAGAAACUGCUUCAGGCAAAUAGAAGGACACUAAAGGAUUUUAGUCCUAUUCCAUAUCCGGAUGCUUAUGUUCUUGAACAGUUGGGAAACAGGCUCAUAUAUGAUGAGCGUAAUUAUGAUACAGCAUCAAUGAACUCAGAAUUUGAAAAUCUGUUUGCUGCUCUUACAGGUAACUAUUGCGUCAAUUAAAUUCAUUUUAUUUUACGCUUUGAAAUUCUAUGAAUCAAUUAUUCUAACACCGUUCUACAAUCAAUAUUAUGUUCCUAAGAUGAGCAAAGAAGUAUUUAUGAAAAAAUCAUCCACGCUGUGGAGUCUCAAAAACCUGCGGUUUUCUUCCUUCAUGGUUAUGGUGGUACCGGAAAAACAUAUAUGUGGAGAACACUCGCAGCUGCAUUAAGAUCAAAACACGAUAUAUGUUUAACUGUUGCAACUAGCGGUAUAGCAUCAUUGUUACUUCCAGGAGGUAGAACUGCACAUUCAAAGUUCAGGAUACCGGUACCAACUAUGGACAAUUCUACUUGCAAGGUUGAAUUCAACGAUGAUGUCGCAGACAUGUUACGACAGACAAAGCUUAUAAUAUGGGAUGAGGCACCAAUGGCGCAUAAGUAUGCAAUAGAAUCGCUUGACAGAACUUUGAAAGAUGUUAUGAGUGCAGACAAAAAUUCAACUGAUGUAUUCGGUGGAAAGGUUGUUGUUUUCGGGGGCGAUUUCAGACAGAUUUUACCUGUCGUCCCCAGAGGCAGUCGUUCCGAUAUUGUACACUGUGCCAUAAAUGCAUCUUACAUAUGGCAUUCAGUUGAGGUAUUAACAUUGACAAGAAACAUGCGGCUACGAACAGGAUCAACACAGACUGACAAAAAUGAGAUAGCACAGUUUUCAGAUUGGCUUUUAAGAAUAGGAGAGGGCCGAAUAUCUGAGCCUAAUGACGGCACCGCCGAAAUCAACAUACCACCUGAUAUUCUGAUAACAGAAUUUGAUGAUCCAAUCGUGGCCAUUGUCAAUAGCACAUACCCUGAUUUCAUAAAUAAUUUCCAAUGUGUUGAUUACCUUAAAAGUCGAGCGAUACUUGCCUCUACACUGCAGAUUGUUGAUCAGAUCAAUGACCAUAUACUUAGCUUGAUGCCAGGAGAGAUUCGUGACUACUACAGCGCAAAUUCAGUUGACAAGUCUGAGAUUCAUGACCCAGCAGUAGUUGAUAUCCUCACACCAGAAUUUCUAAGUUCCCUCCGAACAUCAGGAUUGCCAAACCAUCACUUAAAACUAAAGGUUGGGACACCUAUAAUGCUCAUGAGAAAUAUAGAUCAGGCUGAAGGUUUAUGUAACGGCACAAGGCUGUGUAUAACAAAGAUGGCAGCCCAUGUACUGGAGGCUUCAAUAAUGGGUGGUAAAGGUUUGGGAAAUUUGGUUUACAUACCUCGAAUGGACAUGUCACCAUCCCAAUCACCAUGGCCAUUCAAACUGAAUAGGAGACAGUUACCUAUUAUUGUUUCCUAUUCUAUGACAAUUAACAAAUCACAGGGACAGUCAUUGGAUAACGUUGGUUUGUACUUACCGAAAGAUGUAUUCACACAUGGCCAGAUUUAUGUCGCAUUGUCAAGAGUAACAACAAAAAAGGGAAUCAAAAUACUGAUACAUGAUGAAGAAAAGAAAUUCAGGGAGAAAACUACAAAUGUUGUGUAUAAAGAAGUUUUUAACAAUGUCUAA